GAAGUUGAUAGGAGCAAAAUACUUCAACAAAGGGUUUCUUGCAAGUGGGGCUAAUGUGAGCCACGACCAGAACACUCCUAGAGAUUUCGAGGGCCAUGGCACUCACACACUAUCCACUGCCGGCGGCAACUUUGUACCCGGAUCAAACGUAUUCGGCGCCGGAAACGGCACUGCCAAAGGCGGAUCUCCCCGUGCCAGGGUGGCCGCUUACAAAGUAUGUUGGCCUACUACCGGUGAAGGCGGGUGUUUCGAUGCAGAUAUCAUCAAGGCCAUGGAUGCCGCCAUCCACGACGGCGUCGACGUCAUUUCGAUGUCACUCGGCGGGGAUCCGUCGGACUACUUUUCAGACGGGAUUGCGAUUUCUACAUUCCACGCCGUGAGGAGGGGUGUGGUUGUUGUUUGCUCCGCCGGUAAUAGUGGACCCACUGCAAAGACGGUGUCCAAUGUUGCGCCGUGGAUUAUCUCCGUCGGUGCAAGCACCAUUGAUCGAGAGUUCCGAGCAAAUGUAAAUCUGAAAAACGGCAUGGUCAUAAAGGGAACCAGCGUUGCAGCAGGAAUGCCGCAGAAAUUCUUUCCAAUUGUCAAUUCUGCUGAUGCAAGAGUUUCCAAUUCAACCGGCCAAAAUGCGACACUAUGCAUGGUAGGGAGUAUUGAUCCUGAAAAGGUGAAGGGGAAAAUAUUAGUUUGUACACGAGGGGUUAACUCACGAGUGGAUAAAGGAGAGGUUGCGGCCAAUGCAGGGGCUGUGGGAAUGAUACUGUGCAACGACAAGGCAAGCGCGAAUGAGAUCAUCGCAGAUGCUCAUAUGCUACCCGCCACUCACAUCACUUAUGAGGAUGGCCUUAAGCUUAUUCACUAUCUCAGCAAUUCUAAAGAUCCACAAGGGUAUAUAACGCCCUCAAAGGCAUUCUUGCAAACCAAACCAGCGCCUGUGAUGGCAGCAUUCUCAUCAAGGGGUCCGAAUAGCAUCACUCCUCAGAUUCUCAAGCCUGAUGUGAUAGCCCCAGGAGUGAAUAUUAUAGCGGCAUAUUCUGAAGAGACAAGCCCAACAGGUCAAGUCUACGACACCCGUAGGAUUCCUUACAAUGUUGAUUCUGGGACAUCUAUGGCUUGCCCUCACAUUAGUGGUAUUGUUGGCCUUCUACGGAGCGUCCAUCCUGACUGGACUCCAGCUGCCAUUAGGUCCGCCAUUGUCACCACAGCCCGAGUGAGAGACAACACGGGCAGUCAUGUAAAGGAUGCUAGCUACGCAGAAGCAACGCCAUUUGCCUACGGCGCCGGUCACGUCCGACCAAACCGUGCCAUGAACCCUGGCCUGGUCUACGACCUGACCGAGAUGGACUAUCUAAAUUUCCUCUGUGCGAGCGGCUACAACCAAACCACCAUGAGCAAAUUCUCAGGCGCAAAGCAUUAUACAUGUCCCAGCAAUCUUGACCUCUUGAAUGUCAACUACCCCGCCAUCACUGUUCCCAACCUCUCGGGCUCGGUCACCGUCACUAGAACUGUCAAGAAUGUCGGUAAACCAGGAACCUACACUGCCCUGACAUUUGAACCAGAUGGAGUUUCUGUAUCUGUGGAGCUUCGGACCCUCCAUUUCAAGGAAACAGGGGAAGAGUUGAAGUUCAAAGUAACUUUAGAGGCCAAGAAGAAAGUUGAAGGUCACGUUUUUGGCGAGUUGAAAUGGUUUGAUGGGAUUCACUACGUGAAAAGCCCCAUAGUUGUUGCUAUGUCUUGAAGCUGCGUGCCUAUGCUUAGGGUUAGACUUUAGGUUAUAUUCCGUAGCUAAUUAUAGCAAAUAUAGUUGAUUAGUUGAACGGAGUUACUCCGGAUUUAGUUUAGCUUCAAUAUUUGUUUACUUUUGCUUUACUAAAUGCUGCAUAAGACCUAUUUAAAAAUUACUAUUAUUCAUGCUACGUAUUUUUCGUGUUACUAUAAUGCUCCAUAAUUAUUAUUGUCCCAUAAGAGC